AAUAUUACACACUAUUAUAAAAAAUAAAAAAAAUUAAUAUUACACACUUGCUUACCAAACCAUAGUAUAAAAUUCACCCAUGUGGCUUCACAACCAUUAGUUUUCUAUCCACCACAUGCUAUAACAAGUUAGAGUUUUGAUUUUUCAUAUUAAAAAAUGGUGAACGGUAUUAUAUGGCGGCUUAAUUAUUAUUUUCAAUAACCAUAACGACCAAUAUAAGGGUCAAAAAAUCAAUCUCUAAUCCUUUUCACAUCCAAUUUCCAAUUUGAUCCUUCUUCCCACCUUCCUUAUAGUUUGCUUAUAUAUAUACAAUACACAUAAUUCUCACAUAAUCAUUUUGCUCAUAACCCAAAACAUAACAACCUUAGCCACAACAUCCUUGUAUCAACCAAAAAAACAAAAGAACCUUAGAUUGAAAUAAAUCAAGAAUUAUUAUGGAGGUGAUGAUACAAAGUUCAAAUAUGGAGACAUUCAAUUUUAGUAGUGGAUCAAUGAGUUCACCUUAUAUAAGUCCACCAUCAUCACCAAAACGUUUUGGUGAAUUUUACUUAAGUGCCCCUUCAAGUCCAACUAGGCUAUCUGAAAUAUAUAGAGAAAUUGAUUAUUUGUCUUCAAUUGAAACAUCAUCAACCAACAACAAUAAUCUUGUUGAUGAUGUUGAUGAAGAACAUGAAGGUGGUGGUGGUUUUGCUUUCUUUGUUAAUCAUGAUGAAUCAAAGAAAUUGUCAACUCGUUCAGCUGAAGAACUUUUCCAUGGUGGCAAAAUCAAACCUAUGACUAAUGAAGAAGCUAAGGUUGUUGUACCUAGGAAACAACAAAAAAACAAAGGAAUUGUUUUUGUUGAUGAAUCUUUUGAUGAAAGAAGAGGAAGAGACAGAGAAAGAACAGAAUCAUCAUCAUUGAAUAAUAAUAAUUCUGGUAGAAGAGUAACAAGAUCACACUCUCCUUCUCCUUAUAGAAAAUCAAAUCAUACAUUAGAAUUAGAAGAACAAAACUCUCAACAACAACCUCGUAUCAACAAAGAAGAAUCGAAAAUAUCGAGAAAUACUCCGAAUUCUGGCUCGGUUUCGAAGGGUUCAAGGAGAUGGAAAUUGAGUGAUUUGUUGUUGUUUAGAAGUGCUUCUGAAGGUAGAGGAUCAAACAAGGAUCCAUUGAAGAAAUAUUUUGUUGGUAAUAAUAAUAAGAAGAAUACUAGUGAAGAAGUUAUUAAAGGUUCAAGCUUUAGAAGUUCUGAAUCUUUUUCAAAUCAUGGGUCAAGAAAAAAAGCACAAGUUUCAGCUCAUGAAUUGCAUUAUGCUAUGAAGAAAGCUGAAUCACAAGAUAUGAAGAAAAGAACUUUCUUGCCAUAUAGACAAGGGAUUUUGGGAAGAUUGUCUGGAUUUGGACUCUAAAUAUGCAAUUUCUUGAAUGUUUAUUUAGUUGUUCUUAAAGUUUCACUUUUUUUGUUGUUAAAAAGUUUUAUUCUUUUGUUAAAUUUUGUAAUAUUAUGUGCCUCAAACUCAAAGGGGUUUAAGUAAGCUGUGUAAACAAACUCUGUUACCAUUAUAUACAUAUAUAUUGUAAUUAUACAUAUGAGAUUAUGAGUAAUUGAGUUUAUGUUCCAAGGUA